AUGAAGGGCUUGUUCAAGAAGGGUUUUGCGCACCAGGAUGUCAGUCACUUGGUUCGUGACACUGCCUCUGUGUUGCGAAGCUUGGCACAAGGCGGACAGUAUACAACCGCGGCAUUUCAGAUUCGUGUGCCUCCGGAAUCAUUGGCGUACAGUGCCAAGCGGUUGAAGUCUGAGCGGGAGGACGAGGAGGAAAAGCAGUCCAACCGCCUGACACUGGACCUGCUUCGUGACUGGCUGGCAAAAGAAGGAGAAGACAACACCUUCUUGAAACAUGCAGUGUCUGCUCGCAUGGUGGUGGACAACAAGAAUGUUGACAUUGCAGCCCUCGUAAUCAUGCCCAAGUACAAGAUGGAUUUGGCCAAAUCGCACAAAGCUCUGAUGCAGCAGAGACUUGAUUUGGCCUUAUCGUGUGUGGUAGAGAAUGGCGAAGCCGCGUUCCGAGAGGCUUUAGGGAAUAGCGGCGUCUGGUCAUUUUCCAUGCACAAGAAGCUGAUGUAUAGGUUCACAGCUUUGUAUGUCUUGGAGACAGGGGAAGUGGUGGACGAGCAUCCACAUUUCGUGCAGAGUGUGCUAGGCCAGCUGGAUUUGAACCCCAUCGCUCGGGGACCAAAGAGCAAAAAUGCUCGCCAGCCGCGCCGUGCCAAACGAACGGACGAGUUUCGCAAGAAAAUGCGAACACCGCCAAGACAACCACCUCCAAGAGAACUUAGUUAG